GUUUUCCGCCCCGCAGUCUCCUCCUCCCGCCCCGCCCGGACGGCUGCGGCGCCUGCGGGUCCGGAGUGCUCGGAGUGUCCUUAGCCCCCCGAGUGCCCCAAGAACGCCACUGGCACAGAGCUCGAGGCUCACCCAGGGCGCCGCGCCCGGGACACCCGUGGAGAGAGCCGUUGCUGUGCGCGUUCUCGUUUGUCCCCAGCGGCCCGCCACCCCCGUGGCCUGUGGCCAGAUCUAACCAUGAGCUACCCAGGCUAUCCUCCACCCACAGGUGGCUACCCACCAGCUGCCCCAGGUGGCAGUGCCUGGGGAGGUGCUGGCUACCCCCCACCCAGCAUGCCCCCCAUUGGGCUGGACAACGUGGCCAACUAUGCAGGGCAGUUCAACCAGGACUACCUUUCAGGAAUGGCAGCCAACAUGUCCGGGACAUUCGGAGGAGCCAACGUGCCAAACCUGUACCCUGGGGCCUCUGGAGGCGGUUACCCUCCCAUCCCCACUGCGGGUUUUGGGCAGCCUCCUUCUGCCCAGCAGCCUGUUCCUCCGUAUGGAAUGUACCCACCGCCUGGAGGAAACCCACCCUCAGGGGUGCCUUCAUAUCCACCAUACCCAGGAGCCCCUGUGCCUGGACAGCAGCCCCCAGGGCCCUACCCAGGGCAGCAGCCCCCAGUGACCUACCCUGGGCAGCCGCCAGUGCCACCCCCCGGGCAGCAGCAACUGCCGGUGCCAAGCUACCCUGGAUACCAAGGGUCUGGGACUGUCACUCCUGCUGUGCCCCCAGCCCAGUUUAGAAACCAAGGCACCAUCACAGAUGCUCCUGGCUUUGACCCCUUACGAGAUGCCGAGGUCCUGCGGAAGGCUAUGAAAGGCUUUGGAACUGACGAGCAGGCCAUCAUCAACUGCCUGGGGAGUCGCUCCAACAAACAGCGGCAGCAGAUCCUCCUGUCCUUCAAGACGGCCUAUGGGAAGGAUUUGAUCAAAGAUCUGAAAUCUGAACUGUCAGGAAACUUUGAGAAGACAAUCUUGGCUCUGAUGAAGACUCCAGUCCUAUUUGACGCUUAUGAGAUAAAGGAUGCCAUCAAGGGGGCUGGCACCGAUGAAGCCUGUCUGAUCGAGAUCUUCGCCUCCCGCAGCAACGAGCACAUCCGGGAAUUAAACAGAGCCUACAAAACAGAAUUCAAAAAGACCCUGGAGGAGGCCAUUCGAAGUGACACGUCAGGGCACUUCCAGCGGCUACUCAUCUCCCUCUCUCAGGGCAACCGGGAUGAAAGCACAAAUGUGGACAUGUCACUCAUCCAGAGAGAUGCCCAGGAGCUGUACGCAGCUGGGGAGAACCGCCUGGGAACAGAUGAGUCCAAGUUCAACGCGAUUCUGUGCUCCCGGAGCCGGGCCCACCUGGUGGCAGUCUUCAAUGAAUAUCAGCGAAUGACAGGCCGAGACAUUGAGAAGAGCAUCUGCCGGGAGAUGUCCGGGGACCUGGAGCAGGGCAUGCUGGCUGUGGUGAAGUGUCUCAAGAAUACUCCAGCCUUCUUUGCUGAAAGGCUCAACAAGGCCAUGAGGGGAAUGGGAACGAAGGACCGGACCCUGAUCCGCAUCAUGGUGUCUCGCAGUGAGGUCGACCUGCUGGACAUCAGACUGGAGUAUAAGCGGCUAUAUGGCAAGUCGCUGUACCACGACAUCUCGGGAGACACUUCGGGGGAUUACCAGAAAAUUCUGCUGAAGAUCUGUGGUGGCAAUGACUGAGCUGUGCCUGGUGGCUUACUUCUGUCCAUCUGCCAGUGAUGCCAGAAAAAGGUCGAAAGUAUGUCCAUUUGUGUCUCACAAGUCCUCAAAAUAGCACCCCCAGGUAUCCCAGUGCGGACCAUCUGUAGAGCCUCAGCCGGGCCCUCUGCCCGCCCCUCCUGAUCUGUGUUUCACACUCGCACUGAACGACCUGGGUCAGCUCCAAACUCUCAGAUGCUUUUCCUUCCCAGCCCUUAUGGCCUCUUGCUGCUAGCGUAGAUGUUUUAUUUGAGUCACGCAAACAUUCCCCUUGGCUUGCGGCUGAGACUCUUGGCUUCAUCUUAGUUGUGUAAUUUUAUAUUUUUAUUUGGAGGCAUUUUUCUGUCGUCAUUGCCAGACAGGUGCAUACAAGUCUCUUUGCUGUGUACACACUUGGAAUGAAAGAGGCUGGGUGGGGGAUUACCAUUCCUCACUGAGGAGUAAAAGGGCAGGCCUUUAACAGUGAUCUGCGCAUCUGGUGAGAAUGUGUCAUCAGCUUUGUUAUUGCCAAACUCACUCCUUUUUAGAAAAGAAAACAGAAGGCCAGAAAGUCAUCUGUUCCUUCUUCCAUGUAAAACCAUGAGAACAAAGCCAGCUCCCUGCCAAUGACAGGGCUUCCUGGAAUGUGCCUUAAAACUGAAUGUUGACAGUCAAAAACUUUCUAAAUUAAAGUCUGCCAGCUCUGGAA